CUCCACGGCGCGCCCACCCCGCUCCUCCACCUCCCCUGCCUGCUGCAUACAGCCGCGAGCGAGCGAGCUCAAGCUCCGAGCCGCCGCCGUCGAGCACGAGGAAGGGAAGCAGAGUAGCCAUAGCUAGCGCCGGCGCCGGCAUGGGGAGGUCGCCGUGCUGCGAGAAGGCGCACACCAACAAGGGCGCGUGGACCAAGGAGGAGGACCAGCGCCUGAUCGGCUACAUCAAGGCGCACGGCGAGGGCUGCUGGCGCUCGCUGCCCAAGGCCGCGGGCCUGCUGCGCUGCGGCAAGAGCUGCCGCCUCCGCUGGAUGAACUACCUCCGCCCCGACCUCAAGCGCGGCAACUUCACCGACGACGACGACGAGCUCAUCAUCAAGCUCCACGCCCUCCUCGGCAACAAGUGGUCGUUGAUAGCGGGGCAGCUGCCGGGCCGGACAGACAACGAGAUCAAGAACUACUGGAACACGCACAUCAAGCGCAAGCUCCUCAACCGCGGCAUGGACCCGCACACGCACCGCCCCAUCAGCGCCGCCAGCGGGCUCACCGCGUCCACCACCGCCCCCGUCUUCCCUUCCUCCCCGGCGCCGGCGUCCAGGCUCGCCAGCGCGCCUUUCGCCUUCCAGAGCAGCACCGUGAGCUUCGCGAGGCCGUCCCCGUCGGACGACGGGCACAGCAGCAGCGGCGGAAGCAGCGACGCGCCGCGGUGCCCCGACCUGAACCUCGACCUGGACCUCGACCUGUCGAUGAGCCUGCCGAGCUCGCCGCCCAAGACCGCGCCGCCCGCCAAGUCCACGCCCACGUCGCACCAGCAGCAGGGCAUCUGCCUGUGCUACCACCUCGGCGUCCGCGACGGGGAGGCAUGCACCUGCAAGACGGCGUCGCCGGCGGGCCCGCGCGUGUUCCGGUUUCUCCGGCCCCUGGAGGAGGGUCAAUACAUAUAGCACGCUAGGCGCUUGGCAAAACUCUGUACAAAGCACAAAACGAAGGAGGAGAGGGAGAAAAAAAAGGGUUUCUAAUUGAGAUAGCUGAUGUGGGUUAUUAUUUCUGAUGUUUCGCUUCAUCCCAAAUAUGAUUCAUUUCUUCUUGCCGUAUACUCCUACUAGUAUAGAAUUUUGAAUUUCAUGCAGCGGCAAAAAAUGUACAAAAAGAUCUAGGGUGGCAAAAAUUGAUAGUACAUACUCCCUCCGUCUGGAAAUACUUGUCAUCAAAAUAAAUAAAAGGGAAUGUAUCUCGAUGUAUUUUAGUUCUAGAUAUAUCCUUUUUUGUUAAUUUUGAUGACAAUUAUUUUUGGA